GCGCGAGAAAGAGCAAACGACACGGAGAUAGCUCGAGCCGUGUCCCCGUCUCUUUCUCUCUUUCACCCUCUGCGAUGUGAGUGUGUAUAUACGUGCAUGUAUGUACGUGAAUGCGCGCAAGUGAGGCACAGCAGCAAGUGCAACGGAUCCUUAAUAUACACACUACGGAGAGAAAGAUAGAGACAGAGAAGUGUUUUGUGCUCUCGUAGCUGUGCUGUGGCAGGCUGCUAUAUAUAUGCCGCUCUGCUUGUUUUGCCAUUUGCGUCUACUACGAUUACAAGUCGCCGUGGUUUCUGUUCAUCUGUCUCGCUCCCGCGGCCGCGUGUGCAGCGGGAGUCGAACAAUCCCCAAUAGACGUAUACGCUCGUCAUCUUCGCUGUUUAUCAACCAUAUAUGCUAUAUACACAUCAAGUAGCAAAGAUCCGAUCAACGGCAUAGUAUUCGAUGUAUCAACCAAGAGUGCAAUCUAACAGUCUUUCCCAGACAGAACAAAAUAAUUCCAGCUUUUCUCAUCAGCAGGCAACAAUGUUUGAUCCUCAACAAAUUCAGCAGCAACAAACUGCGCAAAGUCAGCAGUCACAACAAACUCAAAUGUAUGUGACAGAUAAGAAAGAUGAUAAGUCAGGUCAAUCAACAACAGAAUUUCCAUUUUAUUACAAUGUCAACAUGUUGCCAAAGGUUCCAGCCAAUGCUGUUAGUACAAUUGGUGCUAUUACAACUGAUGACAAAGGAUGUUAUCGGUUUGAUGUUCAACCUGUUGGUUACAAUACACUGAUAAAUCAAAUGAAUUUAAAUACAAAUACAACAUUCAAAUGUGACAUUUGUGGUCUUGUGUUUGGACACAUGAGUUUAUUAAAUCAUCAUAAAAGAAUUCAUAAUUCGACGCCUAGUAAUAUUCAACAACAAACUCAACAAGUUGUUAUCCAAGCACCAACAACAGUUACAGUACAACCAACACCAGAAAGACCAUACACAUGUGAUAUGUGUGGAGCUUGUUUUGCGUUACCUGGUGAAUUAAAAAGUCACAAAACCAAUAUGCAUGCUAAACCUAAAGUGCUAAUGUGUGAUGAUUGCGGCAGUGUUGAUCCAUGUGAACAUCAACCUACUAAAAUCAAAAAACUUAAACCUGGGCAUCACCCUGUGAAACGACGAGGUGUGACCAGUGUUACCAAAUGCCACAAGUGCAAUGGCACAGGCAUCAUUUUCAUUGGUAAACACAGUGAAAAACUAGAAUCCGGAAUCAGUUCCCUCGCGAAGUGUAGUGGCUGCAAGGCAACUGGUCGCAUCAUCAUAGGAAGCGGUAAAUCAAACAACCAAUUGCAAGAGAAACCUUUUCAUUGUAAUGUGUGCGAUGGUACAUUUUCACGAUACUCAUCUUUGUGGUCACACAAAAGACUUCAUUCUGGAGAUAAACCCUUCAAAUGUGAAGUUUGUGGGUUAGCUUUUGCAAAAGCUGCCUACUUGAAAAAUCAUGGACGAGUUCAUACAGGUGAAAAACCAUUCAAAUGUAGUCAAUGUGGCAUGCAGUUUUCACAGUCUCCACAUCUUAAAAACCAUGAGCGUAUACACUCAGGUGAAAGGCCUUACCAGUGUGAAGUUUGCGAAAAAACUUUUGCAAGACACUCAACUCUUUGGAAUCAUCGGCGCAUUCACACAGGCGAAAAACCAUAUCGCUGCAAUAUAUGUGGUUCGGCGUUCAAUCAAGCUACUCAUCUGAAAAAUCAUGCUAAAGUGCACACAGGAGAAAAACCAUACAAAUGCGAUAUCUGUGAAAUUGGCUUUUCGGAUCGCUUUGCUUUGAAACGACACAGGGCGAUACACGAUAAAUAUGGUCAAACAGCGAAUCGCAAUGCUCAAGCCGGCAACGCACCAUCUCAAGUGGUUGUUGUCAAUGCUACAACACCAGUUACCGUUAGCCAAGCUGGUCCAGGUCAAGCGGUGAUCCUCGAUGAUGUGUACAAAUGUCAGGUUGCAUUUCCGGAGCAAAAAUGAGCGUCGGCCCUUUAUUACAGAACUUUUGGUGGACAUAGUAGACUUGUAGAAAACUUGUGAGGAAGGAAAAAUCUUGGUUAUAAUGAACCUUUUUUUGUUUAAAAAUUUUAAAGUCCAAUUUAUAACUACUCGCGAGAAUAAUUUAUAGACUCAAUGCAUAUUGUUCCACCACACAGUAAAGAAUUACCUGAAAUUACAAAAAAAACUUUCAGAGCUAUUAAAAGAGUCGAUUUUUAAGGUUGCUUUACAGUAAGAAUCCGCUUGUUGGUUACAUUUUACUUUACUGUACUGGGCUAACGUCUUACAUAGUAUUAAUACCAAAAAAAUCACUGCAUCCCUUCUUGUACACUUUUUAAGCAUCUGCGUUGAGAGACUUGAAGCGGAAAAUAUUUUUGAUGUGCAAUAUUUUGUGUAGCAUCAAUUUUUAAGAUACAAGCCUAGAAUACUUUGAGGUAAAUUAACGCCAACUUUAUUUACAUGAAUAUAAAUCAAUGUAUUUGUACAUUUUUACCUUCAACUUUGUAAGUACCACUUGAAGUGAAUCAUUCGUGAAUAGUGUACCAAUUUCAAAAUAAGUCGACAAGUAAAUCGAAUGUAUAAAUUCUAAUUGAACUGGUUAAAUUUUAAACUAAUAAUAUCGUCUAAAAGUUUGAUUGAAACUAUUCAAAGGUGUUGGUUAUUAAGGAACACAAUUUUUUUAAACUUGACGUAUGUCAAUUUUUAUUAUUUUUUUGGAAAAAUUUGAAUGUUAAUUAUUUAAUUGAAAAGUUAAUUAUUUAAUUGAUUAAUAAGGAAAAAUAAUGGCUAACUGGCCUGCAACAAAAUUUAUGUAAAAUUACUAACAAAGCGAAAAAGUUUAAAUGCAAUUAGUUGACAUUUUCGACCAAUAAUAUAAUAUAAAUUAAAUGGUUGAAUGACGAAUUAAAUCAUGUUACAAUGAAGCAAAAUUUUAUCAAAUCCCGUGAAAGCAAAAAAUAAUUUUUUAAUUUAUUCACUACAAAUUCACAAGUGUCGCCAUAGAUAAAACAAAAAUAGAGACUGGUACUGAAAAUACAUUUCUUCAACAAUAAUUGAUUUAAAAUCACUUGGUUAACUGUAUGCAUUGAAAGUUGAAAUGAAAACUGUGUAUGAUAUAAUAAUGAUUUUUUCUUGGCAUUUGAAUUUGUACCAUUUGUAAAUAUAACUUAGGAAACAUAUAUUACAGCUGCAAUAAAAAUUUAUAUAUGCCCAUAAAUUUUAUCACUAUACAGUCUAAUGGAUAUAUUUUAUGAACAUUGAUAAUACUCCUCAUUGAUAAAGACAUUUAACUAAUUAUUGAUUCAUAGGUGUCAAAGAUUUGUUUUUUACUAAUAGUGUAAAUUAUUUUCACUCGUUAAAUAAAAUGGAUUAUUAUCACUGUUUUCUGAACCAUGAAUUAAUAUCACAGUUGGCUUUAAGAAAACAUCAAAUUUAAGUAUAGUGAUAAAGUAUGGACAUUCUUUUUUAUCUGUAUUUAUUGCUAGGCAACAUUUGUUAAUAUUCUUGAAAAUAUCAUGUAUAAUAGGUAAAUAUUUUUGAAUUGAUAAUUUUUUACUUUACGAAAUAUUUUAAGUUCAAAUUAUACAUAAAAUAAAAUACCUGUAAGUGAAAUGUAAAAUAACAAUCAUGAAUCCGUUUAAUUGUUUAGUUGUGAUAGGGAUCGAUAAUAAUUUUUCUUUCUUCUUUCUGUACUGUAUAUUGCAUUGUUUUUGUUUCCAUAUUGUUAUAUUCCUUUGUAUACAUAAUAAUUAUAUUCGAUUAUGUUGAUUUUAAUAUUUACAUAAUCUUGAUACCUGUUGCAGUAUUUUGGAUUAGCAUAGAAACUUUUAAAUAUCUCAUUGUUUAAUUAAUUUUUUUCUGUCAAAAUUUGAAUCAGUAAACUCAUUCAGUUGAACGUAAAUAAAAAAAGGAAAAAGCUAA